UGUAAAAGAUCCACCAAAGGUGUCGCUACCAUCAGCUGUCAAGACUGUCAAAUUAAGAAUUAGUUUGGUUAUUUUUGCCUAAAAACAACAAAAAAAUCAUAUUUGAGGCGUAUUCCUCGCAAUUUAUUGUAUUAAAUUUCAAAUUUUUGAUAUUUUGAUUUUAAAAACGUACUUAAUAAGUUUUGUAAGUAAAAAGAAAGUACUUUUGCAAUCAGCUGUCGCACUUAAGUUGUGAUGUGUCGACGUUUCGUUUAGUUGUUAGCAGUUUGUAGAUAUUUUUGUAAAGAAAUUAAGGUAGGAAUUAAUCGAAAAUGGAUGUUUCAAAUUUCGAACUUUCCGAAAGUACUGUAAAAAUUGGCUCAGAUUCAGAACCAAGUUCUGAAAAGAGUUUUGAAGAAAUCGACGAUGAAACUAAACACACAAUAGAACAUGAAGAGUUCGACAAAUGUUUACCUCAAACAGUAACAUUACUUCAACACCCCCAAACAGGGGCUAAAGUUUAUGUAGUGGGGACUGCCCAUUUCAGUCAAGAAUCAAAAGAUGAAGUUGUUAAAGUGAUUAAUACAGUUCUUCCACACAUCGUUAUUUUGGAAUUAUGCGAUGCCAGAAAAAACAUUCUUCAAAUGGACGAAAAAGCUAUCCUCGAACAAGCCGAAAACAUCAAUUUAGAAAUGAUUCGUGGGAUGAUUAAAAAGAAUGGAUUAUAUUAUGGGGUCACUUACUUAUUGUUAUUGAAUUUAAGCGCUCAUUUAACAAAGCAAAUCGGUAUGGCACCAGGGGGAGAGUUUAGAGUUGCUUUUAAGGAGGCGAGCAGAUUGGGGUCUGAAGUAGUUUUAGGAGAUCGACCAAUUCGGAUUACUUUAUUACGAGCUUUAGCAAAAUUAUCGUUGUAUCAAAAAAUAAAACUUGCAUGGUAUUUAUUGUUUUCUAGAGACCCUAUAAGUAAAGAGGAGAUUGAAAAGUGUAAAAAUCGUGAUAUGCUCGAACAGCUUUUGGCUGAUAUGUCAGGUGAAUACCCCGUUUUGGGAGAAGUUUUUGUUGAUGAAAGAGAUGCAUUUUUAACUUAUACAUUACAAACGGCUGCCUUAAAAGAUCCUGCUAGGUAUAUACCGACUGAAAAUGUGUUGAAUGAAAAUUUGAGAAUAGUAGCUGUAGUGGGAAUUGGACACGCUAUUGGAAUAUCAAAAUUAUGGCCGAUCGAUCAGCGAUCAAAAAUUAAAGAGAUUUUGACUGUUCCCCCACCUUCUAUGUCAACGAAAAUAAUAAAAAUGAGCUUCAAAUUGAGCAUGAUGACUUUAGCUUGUUACUUGGCGUAUAAAUAUGCUCCGGUGCCGAAAAGUCUCAGGGAUAUAUCAAACCAGGCGUUCCAAAAAGUUGCCACUAGAAUUAAGGAUUACACUUAUUAAUUAUCAAAGAAGAAAAAAAAUGUUACCCAUUUCUUUUUGGUUGUACACAUUCCAAUGGGUUGUUUUAUGAUUGCUAUUUUUCUUUUUUGGUUUUGUUUUUAUCUUGAUAUUAAAAGUGGUGAUAAAAAAUAUGGUUAUUGUAGCAAAAACAA